AUGGUUGCUCCAACGCUGGUCCUCCAGAUCGGAUGUUUCUUUGGCUUUUUAACCUGCGACACUCCCCGCGGUGUUUGGCCUGAAGGACGUCCGACUGUCAUUUCUCCGUUCCCCCCUGGCCCGAGUCAGUCGUAUACCACUUCGGUGACUUCGACUUCGACUUCGACCCAGACCAGCAUCACCUUUACUUCGACCUCUACUGGUCCGACGGUGACUGGCAUUCCAACCCCUUCCGUCCCCGUGACUACUCCCCCACACACGACCCUGACCACAGUCACCACUCGACCAACGUCCACUGCCGACUCGACCACCAUCUCCAGUACUGUCGUUGACCCGUCCAGCUCUUCUACUAUCGUUCCCGACCCUAGCACUGACCCCGGCACCUCUCAGCCCGGCACUUCUGAGCCUAGCACUUCUGAGCCAACCAGUACUGCCACUGAGCCUGGUACCUCUCACCCCGGUACCUCUAGUGAGCCUAGCACUUCUGAGCCCAGCACUGCUACUGAGCCUGGUACCUCCCAGCCCGGUACUACUGAGCCUGGUACCUCUGAGCCUACCAGUACUGCCUCGGACCCGAGUACCUCUCAACCCGGUACAUCGGAGCCUACCAGCACUGCUACUGAGCCCGGUACUUCUGAGCCCACCAGCACUGCUACUGAGCCCGGUACUUCUGARCCCACCAGCACUGCUACUGAGCCCGGUACUUCUGAGCCCACCAGCACUGCUACUGAGCCCGGUACUUCUGAGCCCACCAGCACUGCUACUGAGCCCGGUACUUCUGAGCCCACCAGCACUGCUACUGAGCCCGGUACUUCUGAACCUACCAGCACUGCUUCCGAGCCCAGUACUGAGCCUGGUACUUCCACCGAGCCCGGUACCUCCACUGAGCCAACGCAGACUUCGACCAGUGUCGUCGAUCCCACCUCUGACCAGUCAAGUACUGCCACCAGUACCCCUGGCUCUGAUCCUUCAAGUACUUUGACUUCUUCAAGUACCUCUAGUGCUGAUCCGUCAAGCACUUUGACCUCUUCGGGCACUCCGACCACUAGUCCUUCGGAUACUGUGACUACUUCCAGUACCCCAAGCACUAGUCCCUCGAGCACUCUCUCUUCCACCUCGACCUCUACUCUGAGUCCCUCUACUAGCCCGUCUAGUACUGUGACUUCUACCUCGACUACCCCCAGUGCUAGUCCUUCGACUUCCACCUCGACCACCCCUAGUGCUACUCCCUCUACCUCAACCUCGACCAGCACUACCCUCACUCCUACCACUACUCCUUCUACCUCCUCUACUCCCACACCCUCCCCAACCAUGUCAACAACCACAAGUGUGGCCCCCGUGGCCACCGGCACCUUGGCCGCCAACAUCCUGGUCAUCGCCCGUGACGCGACCCAGGCCAGCGUUGCCUCCUCCGGCCUCAACGGCUACGGCAUCCCCUACACCACCCUCCUGGUCCCCCAGGCCGGUGUUGAGCUCCCUGCCCUGAACUCCUCUGCCGGCGGAAACUUUGGUGGUAUCGUCGUCGCCGGCGAAGUCAGCUACGACUACGGCAGCGACACCUGGCGCUCUGCCCUGACCGACGACCAAUGGAACCAGCUCUACGCCUACCAGCUCGCCUACGGCGUGCGCAUGGUGCAGUACGAUGUCUUCCCCGGUCCUAAGUUCGGCGCCGAGUCCAUCGGAAACGGCGGCUGCUGCGACACCGGCGUCGAGCAGCUCAUGUACUUCACCGACACCACCGACUUCCCCACCUCUGGUCUCAAGACUGGCUCCUCUGCUGGCGUUUCCACUUCCGGUCUCUGGCACUACACGGCUUCCAUCACCAACACGACCACCACCAAGGCCAUCGCCAGCUAUGCUGCCGGCGGCGGUGUCGACGGCGAGUCCGUUGCUGCAGUCAUCAACAACUUCGAUGGCCGCCAGCAGAUGGUCUUCUUCAUCGGCUUCGACACCGUCUGGUCCCAGACCUCGAACUACCUGCAGCACGCCUGGAUCACCUGGAUCACCCGCGGUCUCCACGCCGGUUGGCGCCGCGUCAACCUGAACACUCAGAUCGACGACAUGUUCCUGCAGACCGACAUCUACCAGCCCAGCGGAACCAUCUUCCGUAUCACCACCGACGACAUGGACGGCAUCACCAGCUGGCUGCCCAACAUCCGCGCCAAGCUCAACUCCGGUAGCACGUACUUUGUCGAGAUCGGCCACAACGGUAACGGCAACAUCGAGGCCGGUGUCACCGCCGCCGGCGAAGACACCUGCUCCGGCGGCGCAAUCGAGUACGACUCGCCUCCCGACACUGCGCUCGAGUUUGUCAAGCCCCUCGGCACCGGAAGCAACCUCUGGCCCACCUCACCAACAAACUACACCUGGUCCACGACCUGCGAGCAGGCCGAUACCCUCCUAACCUGGUUCCAGAGCCACAUGGACGACUACGCCUACCUCAGCCACACCUUCACGCACCUGGAACAAAACAACGCGACCUACGACGACAUCUACAAGGAAAUCAACUUCAACCAGGUCUGGCUGCAGCGCACUGGCUUCGCUGCUUCCAGCAAGUUCACCAGCAACGGCAUCAUCCCACCCGCCAUCACCGGUCUGCACAACGGCGACGCCCUUCGCGCCUGGUGGGACAACGGCAUCACCAACUGCGUCGGCGACAACACGCGCCCGGUCCUGCUCAACACGCAGAACGAAAUGUGGCCGUACUUCACCUCGACUGCCUCUGACGGCUUCGACGGCAUGCAGGUCAACCCCCGAUUCGCGACCCGCAUCUACUACAACUGCGAUACCCCCGCCUGCACGACGCAGGAGUGGAUCGAUACCUCCGCGGGCGCCGGCGACUUUAACGACCUGCUCGACACCGAGCGCGCCGAGGUCGCGCGUCACCUGUUCGGUCUGCACCACGACCCGUACAUGUUCCACCAGGCGAACCUGCGCAACGUCGGCACCGACCCGAUCACGGUGGGCAGCGAGACAGGCCAGUUCAGUAUCUUCCAGGCGUGGGUUGAGACGAUUGUGGCGGAGUUUACGCGCCUCGUGGAUUGGCCGAUUGUCACCAUUACGCAUCAGGAGAUGUCCGCUGAGUUCCUGGCCCGGUAUACCCGCGACCAGUGCGGAUACGCCCUCAGCUACAUCCUCGACAACGGGGCCAUUACUGGCGUGACGGUGUCUGCAGAGGACGCCUCGUGCAGCGCCCCGAUCCCCGUUACGUUCCCCACUGCGCCGUCGAGCACGCAGGGCUUCGCGACUGAGCAGCUCGGCUCCGACCCGCUUACUGUGUGGGUGCAGCUGUCGGGCUCGCCUGUUACCUUCUCGCUUAGUAGCAGCAUUGCUCUGAGCUAG